UAUGGCUUCCUCCUAUUCAUAUCCUGAGUUAUUUUUGGCGGGUUUUAUAUUUACCUUGCCAUUUUUGUACGAAAAAUGCAAUUUUUUUCGAUAUUACCUGAAGUUUUUCUUAUAUUACGCUUAUGUAUUGAUAUGGUGCACAGUAUUAUUACCCGUAGUGUUAUUAUAUCCUCGCGACGUUACGAACUUAAUAGUAGCUUCCCGGUUUUGCCGUUAUGCUUCACAUAUUGUUGGAAUAGAAUGGGAAUUACGAGGAUUGGAACAUUGGGAUAAUGAACAAUGUUAUAUUGUAAUUUCAAAUCAUCAAAGUUCAUUAGAUAUUUUAGGUAUGUUUGAAAUGUGGCCCCGUAUGAAGCGAUGUACUGUCGUGGCAAAAAGGCCUUUAAUGUUUGCGGGAGCAUUUGGAUUCGGAGCUUGGCUUUCCGGCUUAGUGUUUAUUGAUCGAUUAAAGACAGAAAAAGCGCGAUUACUUAUGAAAGAAGCCACCGACAGGGUCAUCCAAGAAAAGACUAAACUGUGGGUAUUCCCUGAAGGAGCGCGAUAUAAUAAAGGCUGUAUACAACCAUUUAAAAAAGGAGCGUUCUAUUUAGCAAUUGAUGCUCAAAUUCCAAUAAUGCCAGUGGUGUUUAGCCAGUACUAUUUCCUUGAUAGUGAAACAAAAACUUUUGAACCAGGAAAAGUUGUUAUUACCACUUUGCCACCCAUCCCUACAAAAGGAAUGACCAGGGACGAUUUGGAAGCUCUGUCUGAUAUUGCACGUCAACAAAUGAUUGAAGUGUUUAACGAAAGUUCUAAAGAUCUGGUCAAGCAGAAAAAAGUAGCUAUUUGAGUAGAUUUUCAAUACCAUCAGGGCUUUUCAUAAUUUAGUGUACCAUUAUCAAACAAAUCAUACUUUACUCCAUAUCAUGUUAAUAGUUUAAAGAUGCAAGCCAAAGUUACUUUUAAGUUUGUUCUAGUCAUUCCUUCCUCAAGUUUUAUUAGAUGUAUAAGACAACCCUCCAAUAGCAUCGGUAAGACAAUGCGUAUUGACGCUAAAUUGUUUUAAGUUGAAAAUGAUUGGGGCCUAGGAUGCGCGCUACGAGAUAACUCGUGACAAGUUAUGAAAUAUUGACCACCACUUGCGGCGGAAGUGAAAAUUUUCGUCCCAACGCAAUGAAAAAGAAAUCGGUAGGUAUUUUAGAUUUUACAAUACGGUUUCUUCCGUCACGAAUUAUUUCAUGGCACGUACUUAUAAACGUACCUAGACUACAGAUUUUUUAUUAUUCCUAGUUAUUAAUUUGUUAUUUAAAAAAAACGCGCAUUUUCACUCGCUCUUAUGUGCACCGUCCACUGACAAUCAAUUCGGCAGUCAGGGAUCAGGCCGCGUAGAGAUAUAUGGUCGUCUCUACCCUAUGAUUUGCGCUAAAAGUAAAUUUUCCCGCCGCCCUACGGUCACUCUCAUUAUGACCUGCAUGCGCCCAAUAAUGACCUACGCUA